UACCAUCCCACAUGCAUCCCUGAAAUAAUGGAUGCCGGAUUUUCGACCGAAAACCAAGGAAUUUCCAGCUAAAUCUGUAUUGUGUGGUUUUGGGUUAUUUACUAACUGAAACAAGCCCACUGUGCAGCCUUUGACGUCGCUCUUAAUUCGAGCCAGAAUACAGAAAAUCCCAUAAGAGCACAAUGUCUAAGGGUUCCGGGCGCGACCGUGACAGGGAGAGGGAUAGGGACCGCGACAGGGAUAGGGACCGAGACCGGGAUCGGGAUCGGGACAGGGACCGAGAUCGGGAAAGGGAUAGAGAUAGGGACCGAGACCGGGACCGCGACCGCGACCGUGACCGUGAAAGCCAUCACGACAGUCGGAGCCGCGACCAUGAUGUGUCCAAGUCCAGGAAUGGAGGCGGUGGUGGAGCCAGCGGCGGUGGAAGCUUUCGUGGCGGUCGAGAUGAUAGAAAACGGACGAAGGAUUUGCCCAGCGACCGCGGCAGGCGGGAUGAGAAACGCAGGAAGCGUUCAAGAUCUAAAGACUAUGAAAAGGAUAAACGGCUAGAUAAGGAGCGGGAACGCGAUAGGGAUCGCGAAAGACAGCGGGAAAAGGACCGUGAGCGAGAAAAGGAACGCGAGCGAGAGAAGGAUCGGGAGCGGGAUCGUCAGCGGGACCGAGACGCGGACAGUCGUCGUCCCGCUGCCUCUGCUCCGGUAGUGAUACCCGUGCCUUCGAGUUCCUCAGACGAGGAGGUCGAGGAGAUCGACAAAGAGGAACAACAGCGCCGUCUGGAACAGGAGAUGAUUAAAAGACGCGAGCGUAUCGAACGCUGGCGAGCAGAACGCAAGAAGGACACUAAGCCGGCGACGGUGGUGCCCACCGCUGUUAAAUCUGCCAAAAAGUGGAGCCUUGAAGACGAAUCCGAAGAGGAUGACAGCAAUCAUGCCCCAUCACUGGACAGUACCAAAAAGGACACGGAACCGGACUCCCCGCCUUCCAAGUUCCACAGCAUUCGAAAGCGUCACGAUGACGACGUCGUAGAGCCAAAGUUCUCGCCGGUGAAGCGGCCCAAGUUUGGCGCCAAGCUGGGUAUGGGGCUGGCCAAGACCGAGGCUGAAAUUAAGAAGGAAGCGGAAGAGCAGAAGGUAGUCAAGUCCGAGGAGAAACCCAUUGAGUCCGUUCCAAAAGCUGAAGUCAAGGAGGAAGUGAAAAUGGAGGUCAAUGAGGAAGUGGCGAUCAAAACGGAGUCGGAGCCAGAGCCGAAACCCGAACGUGAGCCCUCCCCCGAAGAUGACAUAGAUCCGUUAGAUGCUUAUAUGCAGGAGGUUAAUAACGAGAUGCGAAGAGUUAAUAACUUUGUGAGUCCAAGCUCAAAAGCCCAGGGUGUGGUGAUUCUCACCGGCGUGGCCAAAAAGAAGACUGCGUCCGUGAAAAAGGGCGAACUGAUUGAACAGAACAUGGACAGCUUAGAGUAUUCCAGCGAGGAUGAGUUGGAGGACAUCCGGGACACGGCCAACAACCUGGCGAUGAAGCACCGCAAAGAGCUGGCCAAGAUUGAUCAUUCCUCAGUGAGCUAUGCCCCUUUUCGUAAGAACUUCUACGUUGAGGUUCCGGAACUGAGUCGCAUGACGGCCGCCGAAGUGGAGAAGUACCGUAGCGAACUGGAGGGCGUCCAAGUGAAAGGAAAGGGCUGUCCCAAACCCAUCAAGACGUGGGCGCAAUGCGGCGUCAGCAAAAAGGAAAUGGACGUGCUGCGCCGGCUGGGCUUCGAGAAGCCGACGCCGAUCCAGUGCCAGGCUAUUCCGGCCAUCAUGUCCGGACGGGAUCUGAUAGGUAUUGCUAAAACCGGCAGUGGCAAGACGUUGGCAUUCAUUCUACCAAUGUUUAGGCACAUCCUGGACCAGCCGAGCCUGGAGGAUGGCGACGGUGCCAUCGCAAUCAUAAUGGCGCCCACUCGCGAGCUGUGCAUGCAGAUUGGAAAGGACAUCCGCAAGUUUAGCAAGUCGCUGGGUCUGCGUCCUGUCUGUGUCUACGGCGGCACCGGCAUAUCCGAGCAGAUAGCCGAACUAAAACGCGGCUCCGAGAUCAUUGUGUGUACGCCCGGUCGCAUGAUCGACAUGCUGGCCGCCAACUCCGGUAGGGUCACGAACCUGCGGCGGGUCACGUACGUAGUCUUGGACGAGGCGGAUCGCAUGUUUGAUAUGGGUUUCGAGCCACAGGUGAUGCGCAUCAUUGACAACGUCCGACCGGACCGGCAGACCGUAAUGUUCAGUGCCACGUUUCCGCGCCAAAUGGAGGCUCUGGCGCGCCGCAUCCUAAAGAAACCCAUCGAGGUGAUUGUGGGCGGUCGAUCUGUGGUCUGCAAGGAUGUCGAGCAGCAUGUGGUCAUUCUCAACGACGACGCUAAAUUCUUCAAACUAUUGGAGCUGUUGGGCAUUUACCAGGAGGCUGGCAGCAUCAUUGUGUUUGUGGACAAGCAGGAGAACGCCGAUAUUCUGCUGCGUGACCUCAUGAAGGCCUCGUAUCCUUGCAUGUCGCUUCACGGCGGCAUUGACCAGUUCGAUCGUGACUCCACCAUUAUAGACUUUAAGUCGGGGAAGGUGAGGCUGCUGAUUGCCACCUCGGUAGCUGCUCGGGGGUUAGACGUCAAGGAUCUCAUUCUGGUGGUCAACUACGAUGUUCCGAACCAUUACGAGGAUUACGUGCACAGAUGUGGACGAACAGGAAGGGCGGGCAAAAAAGGUCGAGCCUACACGUUUAUUACUCCCGAUCAGUCCCGCUACGCCGGCGACAUCAUCCGGGCCCUGGACCUUUCCGGCACGCCGAUACCCGCCGAACUACAGACCCUGUGGACGGAGUACAAGACUGCCCAAGAGGCAGAGGGCAAGACAGUGCACACCGGCGGCGGCUUCAGCGGCAAGGGCUUCAAGUUCGACGAGCAGGAGUUCAAUGCCGUCAAGGAGAGCAAGAAGCUGCAAAAGGCCGCCCUGGGACUGGCAGACUCCGAUGACGAGGAGGACAUUGAGCAGGACAUUGACCAGCAGAUCGAACAGAUAUUUGCGGCCAAGCGGACAGUGAAGGAUACAUCGGCCACGGCCACGGCGACCGCUGCGGCGGCGGCGGCUGCUGCGGCAGCUGCAGCAGCGGCGGCAUCCGGAGGUAAUCCUGCCCUGGCCUCGGCGGCGGCUCAAGCGGCGGCUGUGGCCGCUGCUGCCAAUCUGGCCAUCGUGGCUGCCAAUGCCUCAGCUGCAUCGGCUGCGGCAGGAGCUCUCAGUUCAGACAAGCUGGAGUUGGCCAAGCGACUUGCCUCCAAAAUCAACAGCACUAUGAAUCUGGACACAAAGGUCAAUGCUGUUACCGUGGAGCCUAUGCUGAAACCACAGCACGUGCCAGGCGGUGUUCCUCCGCUCCUGACCGCACGAACGGUGGCCGAGCAAAUGGCCGCCAAGCUGAACAACAAGCUCAACUACCAGCCGAAGGAGGACGAGGACGGCCUGGUCAGCAUCGCGGGCGUCAACAGCAAUUCGUUCACCAAAUACGAGGAGGAGCUGGAGAUCAACGAUUUCCCGCAGCAGGCGCGCUGGAAGGUGACCUCCAAGGAGGCUCUCGCCCAGAUCUCCGAGUACUCGGAGGCGGGCCUCACGGUGAGAGGAACAUACGUGCCCCAGGGCAAGAACCCACCGGAAGGCGAGAGGAAACUCUACCUGGCCAUCGAGAGCUGCAGCGAGCUGGCGGUGCAAAAGGCCAAGCGCGAGAUUACGCGGCUCAUCAAGGAGGAGCUGCUGAAGCUAAGUUCCGCUCACCACGUCUUCAACAAAGGACGCUACAAGGUGGUCUAGACCCGUUCCUCGUGGAGAUCAGACUUACUUUAAGAUGGAAAUCGGACGAAGAGAGAGUGUUGUAAACCCAAUAAACCCAAUGUUGGAGA